CCUAAAAAGCAGCAAGCUAUCGAGAGCAUCGUCGUCUCCAACAGCCAAGAGAGCAGAAGCUUGAAGAAUCUCUAUAAUCUGAAAAAUGGGAAAGGUCCACGGUUCAUUGGCUCGUGCCGGUAAGGUGAGAGGUCAGACACCUAAAGUGGCUAAGCAGGACAAAAAGAAGAAGCCUCGUGGUCGUGCUCACAAGCGUCUGCAACACAACCGCCGUUUCGUCACUGCCGUUGUUGGUUUUGGCAAGAAGAGAGGACCAAACUCAUCAGAGAAGUAGACAAAAAAAAAAGGUUUUACUCUUUCAGAUUUUAUGGAAUGUUUUUGAUAUUGUGCCAUUAGUUGGUACAAACUCAUCAAUAUCCAAGUGGUUUAACUUUCGUUAUCUACAAAUCAGUGGAUGUUAUGUCAAUGUUCUUGUCAAUUUGAUUUGUGUUUCUCCCCGGAUUAGACAUAAGUUCGUGGAUUAUUGUCAUAUACAAUGGAAUCUGAAGGAAUUUGCAUUUUUUUUCCUGGAACUU